AUGUCUAUUGGCUACUAUUAUCCAGAUGAUUCCAGGAGAGUGCCCCUGUGGUCGCGACUCUUCUCAUCAACUUAUGCUGGUUAUCGUCACUUGAAGCCUUCGGGGUCGAGGUACUCCGGUCGCUAUCGUCGUUCUUUAUUUCGCCGCAUCUGCAACUAUGCUUCUGCCGUUAUCGGCGUUAUAUUCCUUCUCAUCGUCCUGACCUCCAUAUUCCGGCCCUCCUAUACCCAGCCGCCGCCACAUUACUUGUCGCUUCGGAAUGCGGUGUCUCAGUCAACGAAAUCCGGCAGAGGCAACAUUCGCAAUGAGAAAGUCUUCAUCGCAGCGAGCUUAUAUGACCCUGAUGGUGAUCUAGCACGAGGACAUUGGGGGGACAGUGUGCUUGAGCUGAUCGAUCUGCUCGGAGAAGACAAUGUUUUCUUGAGCAUCUAUGAGAACGACAGCGGUCGAGAUGGAGAGAGUGCGCUUCAAGAUCUGGCGGAUCGGGCCACGUGCCAGAAGUCCAUUGUUUUCGAGCAACAUCUGGACCUGACCGGUUUACCGACAGUUGCCGUUCCCGGCGGUGCAAGGCGGAUCAAACGUAUCGAGUACUUGGCGGAGGUGCGGAACCGAGCUCUAAAACCGCUGGACGACCAGCCGGGAGUGCGCUACGACAAGCUGCUCUACUUGAACGACGUUGCAUUCAACCCGGUGGAUGCGCUCCAGCUUCUGUUCUCCACCAAUGCCACGGAUGAUGGCGUUUCUCAAUACCGGGCCGCGUGCGCCGUGGAUUUCAUCAACCCAUUCAAAUUUUAUGACACUUAUGCGACACGCGAUCUGCAGGGCUUCGGCGUGGGCGUGCCUUUCUUCCCGUGGUUCACUAGCGCUGGGCAAGGUCAGAGCCGCCAGGACGUACUAGCUCAGAAAGAUGCUGUGCGGGUGCGGAGUUGCUGGGGAGGAAUGGUAGCAUUUGACGCGCGGUUCUUCCAGCGCGAUACAGAUUUAUCGGUCAUGGAUGUACAGCCUCAGCUGUCUGGAGAGGACAAAUCACCUGCUCGGUUCCGGGCGUCACAUGAUACGUUCUGGGAAGCUUCUGAGUGUUGUCUUAUCCAUGCCGAUAUUCAGAAGCCUCAGCCGGACCCAGAGAAGAUCACAGACACGGGGAUCUAUAUCAAUCCAUAUGUCCGGGUGGCGUACGACACCCGCACCCUUUCCUGGCUAGGGACUACGCGGCGGUUCGAGAAGCUGUACUCUUGGAUUCAUGAUAUUCUCAACCAUUUCGUCGGCAUGCCUUGGUUCAAUCCUCGACGAACCGAAGUCCCCGGCCAGAUAUCUCAGGAGAAGGUCUGGAUCCCUGAUGAACAUGAAGAGGGGAAUGGGUCAUUUAAACUCGUUGAUCGGGUUGCAGGUAAAGAUGGCUUUUGCGGACGCCCGGGACUCCAAGUCAUCAUCGAGCAUCGCAAAGAGGGCCAGAAGGGAUACGAGGAGAUUGACGUACCUUCAUAA